AUGAAACUCCUCACCCUAAAUUUCCUCACCUGCGCCCGCCGCGCCUGCAAAUCCUCCGCCGACGCCUUCCCGCUGCACCCCCGCGAUGUCGAGCUCGAGAUCGUGGAAGCCGAGCCCAACCCCUCGUUCCUCAGCAACAUCCUCCCGCGGCUCGAAUGGCCCGCGCUCGUGACGCUGUGCGCGGAGUUGGGGCUGCCAGGGUUGCCUGGGGAGGCGCCGGAGGUAGCGGAGUUGACUGCUGGCGAGGACGGGAAAGGAGGAAAGCUGGCGGAGGACUUGCAUAGGUUGUUGCUGGAGACGACGGUCAAGGAGGGGGCGCUGGUAUGUGGGAGCUGUGGGCAUGAGUAUAGGGUUAAGGAGGGGAUUGCGAACUUUUUGCUGCCGAGUCAUUUGGUGUGA